AUGCCAAGAAUCGGUGUUUUCCCCGCCGCCGGCGGCCUGGGAUCCAGCAUCGUCAAGCACCUCCUUAAUCUCGUCCCCGCAUCCCAGCUCGUCCUGAUCGCGCGAAAGCCCGAGUCUCUAUCAAAGGAAGCUGCUGCCGGUGCCACAGUCCGUCACGCAAACUAUGAUGACCCCUCAACACUAGACCAGGCAUUUGACGGCGUCGACGUUCUAAUGCUCAUCUCCUAUGCCUCUUUCGAGAUCGAGCAUCGAUUUAAUGCACACAAAAAAGCUAUUACGGCGGCUCAAAAGUCCGGCGUAAAGCACAUCUUCUACUCCUCCCUCGCCUUCGCAGGGAACUACACCAACGACUCCGUCGCGCACGUCAUGGGCGCGCAUCUCCAGACAGAGAAAUUCCUUUCUGAACUUGACACUCCCCUGACGUAUACUUCUAUACGCGAGGGACUGUACUCGGAAUCGUUCCCGAUUUAUACCUCGUGGUUUGAUUUGAGGAAUCCGAAGAGCGAGAUUACCAUCCCGCAUGAUGGGUCCGGGCCUGGCGUGGCCUGGGUGAAGAGGGAUGAGCUGGGCGAGGCGAGUGCGAAGUUGAUUGUCGAUUAUGCAACGAGUACAGGAGGGAAUGUUGCGGAGGAUUUCCCGUAUGUUAAUAAGAUUGUGCUCCUCACGGGCCCGAGGGUUGUGAGUUUGAAGGAGACCGCGGAGGUGCUGGGAAGGGUCUCCGGGAAGGAUGUGACUAUUCGGCAGAUCAGUGUUGAUGAGUAUGCGAAGCUGCCGCAUGAAGGGAAACAUACGUAUCAUGGGGUGGAUUUGGCGAAGGAAUGGACGAGUGCUUGGGAGGCUAUCAGGCGUGGUGAGACGGCGGUUGUUACGCCGACUUUGGGUGAGAUAUUGAAGAGGGAGCCUGAGGACUAUGAGACUACUAUUCGAGGGUUGCUCUAG